AUGGCAGCCGCCCAGCCCAGACCAAAAACAGGGGGAAACGAGGACAUCAAUCUAGGCGCGCACGACGCCUAUGUUUCGACUAAGAUUCAAGGACUCCCUGCUCAAGUCACCGUUGAACAGCACAGUCCAGCAGAGGUCCAUCUCAACCCAGAAUCCACCCGCUGGCUAACAGUGUCGCCAUACCUUGAGCAAGAACAUCUUCUGGAUCUGAACAGUGUCGACACUCCAAAUCGCCUUCUUGCUCUUGCAGCGACACAACUAGAGCCAGCGUCAGGGAAAUAUGCCACGGUCCCCUACGAAGACGCUUUGGAUUGGACCAGUCUCAUGGAAACACUAAAGUCACUGGCUGCCAAGGAGGGGUACAGGUGGACGCGUCAAGAGUUCUACGUGGUGGAAUUCCGGUCGAGACUCAAGAAAAAUAUUGACGUGGAUCUCUUGUUCAAACUGGACAAAGAAUCCCACAUCGAAGCUACACAAAGUGGAGGGCUUCUCAAGUAUUGGUACGGGGUCCCUGACAAUGAUAGGAGAAAUCUGGCCACCUGUUUUUGGCGCAAUAAGGAUGAUGCAGUCAAUGGGGGCCGAGGGCCAUGGCACAAACAAGCUCGAGCUGCCAUUUCCAGCAUGUAUGAAGAAAUCGAUGUCAAGGGGCUGCGCUUCACGAUUGAAGACGACGUGGCAAGCUGGGAGUUUGCACCGUAUGUUUGA